GGCUAGAGGUUGGGCUCUGGGGUUCUUGCCCGCCUUGGCCCUGCCCCCUUCUGCCUCCUCCCUGGAGUGGAGCUUUGUCUGUGGCUGGAGGAUAGGUCGCCGGGGUUGAGAGACAGAGGAGCCAGCAUCUACCCCCCAGAUCGGAGUGCGGGGCUCUCGCCUGGGCCCCGGAGGGAAGCGUGCGGCUUGGGCAAAGCCGCUGGGAGCUCGGCAUUGCCUGGCAACACAAGGAUGAGGCUGGUCCGAAGGGAAGAAAGAGCACUACCCAGGGCGGACGGAGCUCCAUCUCCCCUCCCUUUCCGCCUUAGAGCGCUCUAGUGACCACACCCAGUGAGGCUGGGGGGCGAAGGGGCUGCCUAGACCUCUGACUGCCUGCAGGAAGACGGUGGCCCCAGCCUGGAGCCCAGGUGAGUUAGACUGGGUGACAGCCCCCGUUCCCCACCCCCUUCUCAGGGACGGACACACCCUGCAGUAAGUGCUUACUCCCAUCCAUCCUGUCCCUUCUCCCUGGGUAGUGCCUGUCUCCUCGGCAUCUCAGACUCAAGUUCCCGGCUUCUUUCCACAACUAUGUGGAUCCCUUCUCGCCGGCAACUGUGCUGGGCCUUCCUGGGUGCCUCAUUCCUCUCUGUCACCUCCUUCUUUUUCCACCUCUGGAAAGGCAGCUUCUCCCCCAAACUGGUUUUCUCUGCUCUGUGCCACAAGCAAUGCCCAGGCUUAACCCAAGUGGCCCUCUUCUGCCUGCCGGGGACGCCGCAAGGCCCCAGAUCUUUAACUUUUCACAACCCAGCAGCAAGGCCUGAGCCUGGCAUCUGGACUAUCCAGCCAGAGGGGCGUUUUGGAAACCAGAUGGGCCAGUAUGCCACCCUCUAUGCCCUGGCCAAGCUGAAUGGGAAGCAAGCCUUCAUCAUGCCAGACAUGCAUGCCACCCUGGCCCCUGUCUUCAAGCUCACCCUCCCUGUGCUAGACACUGAGGUAGCUGCCCGAGUGCCUUGGCACCUCUACCCUCUUCGAGACUGGAUGUCGGAGGAGUAUGCCCACUUGGGCAGCCAGGACAUGCUGCAAUUUACUGGCUUCCCUUGUUCCUGGACCUUCUACCACCACCUUCGGGCUGAGAUCCACAGGGAAUUCUCACUGCACCACCACAUCCGAGAAGAUGCACAGGCUUUUCUGCAUUGGGUCCAACACAGCCGGGGCAAGGGCAGAAGCCUCACCUUUGUGGGAGUCCACGUCCGCAGGGGCGACUAUGUGGAAAUGAUGCCCAAGCACUGGCGAGGUGUGGUGGCUGACCGUGCCUACCUAGAGCAGGCCCUGUCCUGGUUCCGGGCGCGCUACCCUGACGUGGUCUUUGUGGUGACCAGCAACGGGAUGAAGUGGUGCCGAGAGAACAUUGAUCCCUCCAGGGGUGAUGUGGUGUUUGCUGGCGAUGGAGAUGAGGAGGUGCCUGGCCUCUGACUUUGCGCUGCUCACUCAAUGCAACACACAGUAAUGACCAUCGGCACCUUUGGCUAUUGGGCUGCUGCCUACCUAGCUGCAGGGGAGACCAUCUACCUGGCAACUACACCCUCCCUGAUUCCCAGUUCCUGCAUUAUAUUCAAGCCUCAGGCUGCCUUCCUGCCAGAGUGGGUGGGCAUUCCUGCAGACCUCUCCCCACUCCUGCACUGAUCUGCCUGGAGCUCCACUGAGUUCAGUGACAGUGGAGCCUUCAUGUUUCUCACUAAUAGUGAGAGAGCUAGGAUCCCAGCUCCAGGACUGGGAGAUCUCCUUCAGGUUCUAGAGUUGCCCACAAUGCUGUCCUUUGGGGAUGGACAAGGGUUCAUUGCCCCCAAGCUUUGGUAUGGGCCCAAAGGGAAAGACACCCCAAGAUUUGGCAACCUCUUUCUCCCUGUUGAUGGAUGCUAAUGUACAUUAAUCCAAGAUCAAUGGGUUCCCAUCCUGGCCCUGGGUAACCUGGUGAAUGGUUUCCCUGUCCUGAUCCUCAGUUUCCCCAUUUGCAAAAUGAAGGUAUUAGACUGGCCAUUUUUGAGACCCCUUCAGGAAGAGCUCUAGACCUCGAGAUGGGAUUCUUUUGUUUUGUUUUGGUUUUUUUGGUUUUUUGCAGGGCAGUGAGGGUUAAGUGACUUGCCCAGGGUCACACAGCUAGUAAGUGUCAAGUAUCUGAGGCCAAAUUUUAACUCGGAUCCUCCUGAAUCCACUAUGCCACCUAGCUGCCCCCUGGGGACUGAAUUCUAAGAGCAGCAAAAUGUCCAUGCCUCUUGUUUCCUUUUACAGAGGGGGGAAACUGAUGGCAAGAAGAGCUGGGCAGGUGAUGGGCUAGCUAGCCUUAGCCACCAAAAGUGAGAUUUGGGACCUAGACCUGGGCCCCCUCACCUCUAUCCCCCACCUGUGCCUCAAGAGGAAAGAAGCUGGGAACAGAGACCGGAAGCAAGCCUCAGACUCCUUUAAGAAAACCUGGGGGAGAGAGGAGUGGUCCAGGAAUUAUCUUAUUGAUUUAAAUAUUGCAGAACAUUUAAGAAAAACAAAGCCAAUUUUAAAAAGCCUUGUUUCUAGAACAUUCUAAUCCUUUAUUUUGUAAGGAGGGGGCCGUUGUGUUGGGACAGGGUGUUCCUGAAGCUCGGGGAGGGGGAGGCCACUCCUAUGGAGCGCUGGCCUGUUAUCCUCACUCUUUCCAAGGUGGGUGAGCCCCGGAGGCUCCUGGGAGUUAAGG